AAACCAACAAAACGCUGAGGACGCCGGCUUGUUUGUCAAUUCCUUUUUCCUUAUUCAAUUCUGAUUUUGUCCAUAUCUAUAUAGACAAAUCACAACUUCACAAUGUCGCACGAUACCAAGGUUCAGCAGCAUGGAGAGAACCAUGACAUCCCCAAGGAACACCACGUCUCCAGACCCGGAGCUUGGUUGCCUUCAGACCACCGCACACACCACGAGUGGCUCGGCGAGCAGGUAGAUAACGCCAAGAAGAACCAGAAGCCUUUGAUCCCUGUCCUUCAAGAGUUCAAGGAGUUCAUCGAGGGUACUCCCAGAGUCUACAUGUACUUCACCGCCAUGUUCGAAGAAGUUCCCUACAAGCACGUCUACAAGAGAGAUCCCACCGGCCGCAAGCAGAUCCGCGAUUACAAGCACAUGCUGGAGGUCUUGAACCACGUCUUUGGUUCUGCACCUGUCUGGACCGACUCUGCACAAGCUGUCGGUAUGGUCGGUGUUCCCAUGUGCGCCAUCUUGGACUAUCCCAUGUCCACUCCUUCCGGUCACGCCGCAUUCCUCGACCCCGAGGUCAACAAGAUGAUCAAGAAGGUCCUCAACGAGUGGGGCAAGUUCUUGCAGAGCCCCGAGUCUGCCGGCGUCCUUCACGAGGGCAAGACCGGUUGGUUCGGCGAGACUGGAGCUUCCGACAUGAUGGCUGUUGCCAACGCUCCUUACAAGACCAACCACAAGUUCGAGGACUUCUUCGUCUGUGACACCAGCAAGAAGCAUUACGGCUACACCUCAUGGGACAAUUUCUUCACCAGAAACUUCAAGGAAGAGGUCCGUCCUGUUGAGAACCCCGACGAUGACAGCGUCAUCAACAACGCCUGUGAGAGCAAGGUCUUCCAGGUUCAGGAGAAGGCCAAGCUCAGAGACAAGUUCUGGAUCAAGGGCCAGCCCUACAGUAUCACCGAUAUGCUUGCCAACGACCCCUUGUCAAAGGAGUUCGCAGACUGCACUGUCUACCAGGCCUUCCUGUCCGCUCUGUCUUACCACCGCUGGCACUCGCCCGUCAGCGGAACCAUCAAGAAGGCUUUCGUCCAAGAUGGUACCUACUUCAGUGAGCCCUUGUUCGAGGGUCUCGGUGACCCCAACACCAAGGAGAUUGAUGCCCAUGGUAUCUCAACUGGUCAAGGUUACUUGAGUGCUCUUGCCACAAGAGCCAUCAUCUUCAUCGAGGCCGACAACCCCGCCAUUGGCUUGAUGGCCUUCAUCGGUAUCGGUAUGGACGAAGUCUCAACUUGCGAGAUCACCGUCAAGGAGGGUCAGCACGUCAAGAAGGGUGAGCAGACCGGUAUGUUCCAUUUCGGUGGUUCGUCUCACUGUCUGUUGUUCCGCAACGGUGUCAAGGUCACUGGCUUCCCUCAGCCUGGUAGAGCCGAGAACGUUCCCGUUCGCAGCAAGCUCGCUACCGUCUCCAACUAGAUUAACCAAAAAGUCAUGACCACAGUAAUGUAACGAGUAAUGGAUACCUUUUCAAUGUCAAC